AUGACAACACUUGGAGGAAGUAGCAGCACAAGCAUCAGCAGUAGUAGUGGUAUUGGUGGGACAGUAUUGGGUGCGUCAACAUCAUCAUCAUCAUCAACUACAACAACAACAACAACAACUACGACCACAUCAUCAUUGGAUGGUAAGCAACAACAACAGACACAAACACAAUUGUCAGCAUCACAAAAGAAGAAGUUACAAAAGAAAAAGAAGAAGCUUGCACAGUCAGAGGGUGGCGUUUCGGCAGCGGCCGCAAUGGCCGCAGCAUUGUCAUUCCUUCCAUUGUCACAGUCGGACGACGAGGGCAUCUUGGACUACAAGGUGGGCGGCUAUCAUCCAGUGCGCAAGAAUGACGUGUUCAAUGGACGCUACCAGAUUGUGAGCAAGCUGGGCUGGGGCCACUUCUCCACCGUGUGGCUGUGUCUGGACAAGGAGACGCAGAAGCAGGUGGCGCUCAAGAUUGUGCGCUCGGCCAAGUCCUACACCGAGACGGCCGAGGACGAGAUCAAGCUGCUCAAGGCCAGCGGCAACUCUGUGGCGGUGGCGCGUUUGCUCGAUCACUUUGUGCACAAGGGUCCAAACGGAAAGCACAUCUGCAUGGUGUUCGAGGUGUUGGGAAACAACUUGCUCGACCUCAUCAAGCACUACCGCUAUCGCGGCAUCCCCCUGCCACUCGUCAAGUCGAUCAUGAAGCAGGUGAUCAUGGGUCUCGACCACUUGCACACACAGUGCGCCAUCAUUCACACCGACCUCAAGCCUGAGAAUGUCUUGCUACGGCACAAGUUUGAUGUGUCCAUCGAGGACUUCACCUGGGGACACCAGUACGGCUACUACCGUAACAAGCGCAUCAAUGUACCGGCCAACCAGCCCCCCUCGCCAUCAUCCUCCUCUGAGCGCUACAGCAGCACGUCCUCAGACGAGAGCACCGCCAGCAGCCAAUCAAAGAACUCUUUGAGGAAGAGUACAGACAGUCUGCCACCUCCCGUCCAUCAUCGAGAUGAGCAAAAGGCAGCAGCAACGGCAGCAGCGUCAAAGGCAGCAGCAGCAGCAGCUGUGGUCGAUGCGGAAAAGAAGGAAGAGAUCAAGGAGACAACGACAACGGCCACAGUCACGAGUACUGAUGACGUUGUUGUGAUCAGCGAGCAAGAGAAGGAGGAUGAAGUUGGAAGGAUAUACAGCAAUGGAAGGUUUUAUUACUCCUUGGACAGCACCCGCACUGUGUCGGGCGAGCAGCUUACCGUGGACGCCUAUCCACAGGUGCAAAUCGUCGACUUGGGCAACGCCUGUUGGGUGAAUCUUCACUUCACCGACGACAUCCAGACGAGACAAUAUCGAUCACCGGAGGCCAUCGUGCGCAGCAAGUGGUCGGUGCAAGUGGACAUUUGGAGCGCAGCAUGCAUGGCCUUUGAGCUGGCCACAGGCGACCACCUCUUCAAGCCCAAGGCAGGCAACACGUUCAACAAGUCUGACGAUCAUCUGGCUCUGAUGAUCGAGCUGCUGGGCAAAUUCCCCAAGUCGGUGGUCAGUCUUGGCAGCAAGUCCAAGGAGUUCUUCACUCAGAAGGGCGAGCUGAGGAACAUCCCACAGCUUGGCGAGCAGUGGCCUCUUUACAACGUGUUGACCGAGAAGUAUAAGUUUGGUCAUCAAGAGGCAACCGAGUUUGUCGAGUUCUUGACACCAAUGUUGCACUACAUGCCCGAGCGACGUGCCACUGCCAAGGACUGUCUCAACCAUCCUUUCUUGAAGGAUACUCCACCAAUCAUCACACCCUCCACCACCACAACUCCAUCGACUACAGCAACCAACUCACCAGCAGCAACAGCAGCAUCCAAGGCAACAACCAAAGGAUAA